CGAGGUCCGCAAAGGCCGCUCGUGCGCGCCAUCGAGCUACCGAAGAUUCCGGCAGUUUUCCCGAUAAGUACAACGGAAUCGCUCGUCGCCGGUGAUCGAUAAUCACGUCUACAUUCAUCAAGAGCAUCGGCUUGCGGAUACGCGUCGCUUUGCUCAGCGUUGCUCGAUCGUUCUACAGUGAUAUCUUGCCGCGCCGUUUUUCGUUCGUUUUGACGCAGGUUUCACCGCGAGAGGGUACGGUAGCAGUGGCAGCGGGCGAAGAGGUGAGAGUGAGAGCGAAAAUCGGUGCGCGCGCGCACACAGAACGCUCUCAGGCUCCCCGAAAUCGACAACGACGCCGCCGCUACUAUCACCACCACCACCGCCACUACUACCACUACUAAUUAUUCUCGAGAAUCUCAUCGAUUGUUCUCGAUUGUCUCGAGAAGCUCGAUAGUCGCAAUACGAGCGGAUCUUGCGUCGCAAUCGCGUAUUCGCUCGGAUCGCAGCGCGUGCCGAGUCGUCACUCUAGCGUUCCACGUUGUCGACGGCCGUAAACACCGCGUAUACAUAAAUACGGACGCAUACGAAUACUUGCGCGUCGAGGCACACACACGGUGCGCGUCAUCUCUUCUGUACGUGUGUACGUGUUGCGCGCCGUUGGGACGUAUACUGUUCUCGGAGCGGCGAGUCUCGGCGCCCCUAGAGUUGGUUCGCGAUCCGCGGCUUUUGUCACCGAUUGCAAGUGCGGUGGACGCGAGCCGCGAGCGCGCGUUAACGAACGAGUGAAACAGCCGAUCGCCGGACGUUCGGACGUCGCGGCACGGUGUUCGAAACGUCGGAAGCGAAUACGAGUGCGCGCGGGAGGAGAUCGCGCUGUGAAACGGCACUUUCAGUGAGGUUAGAAUCGGGACGUGCAGCGUCGAGAGCGGUGCGAUUCGAACGGCUCGAAGAAGUGGUGUAAGUUUAACGAAAAUUCGAGUUGGUUCUCGAGUAUUACUGCUGUCGUCGGAAGCCGUCGACGACUACCGUCAGUGCCGUCACGACAGACGGGCUGCGGUUUCUGUGAUAAAAGGGGGGGGGGGACGCCCGUGUAAAUCCUCCGAGCGUCGCGCAAAGAAAUAACCAAGUGGCAGCGAACGACAAGUAGCAAACUGCGAGGAGAACGACGUUGGUAGUGCUAGUGGUGUUGUAUGACCGCGCGGUAUGAAAAAAUGAUGUGAUCGACGGUCAUCAUGGCGGCACCCAUGCUAAAGUGGAAGCGGAUCGCGAAUCCGACCGGGCCCCAGCCGCGACCCAGGCAUGGCCACCGGGCGGUCGCCAUUAAGGAUCUCAUGGUCGUUUUUGGCGGCGGGAAUGAGGGUAUCGUAGACGAGCUACACGUAUACAAUACAGCAACAAAUCAGUGGUUUGUGCCUUCGACGAAGGGAGACAUUCCUCCAGGUUGUGCGGCAUAUGGUUUUGUUGUCGAUGGUACUCGCAUCUUUGUCUUUGGUGGAAUGGUAGAAUAUGGCAAAUAUUCUAACGAGUUGUAUGAACUACAAGCGAGUCGAUGGGAGUGGAAACGUUUGAAGCCAAAACCACCUAAGCAUGAACCACCACCAUGUCCACGAUUAGGACAUAGUUUUACUCUCAUUGGUAAUAGGGUCUUCCUUUUUGGAGGUCUGGCGAAUGACAGUGAUGACCCGAAAAAUAAUAUACCGAGAUAUUUGAAUGAUCUAUACACGCUCGAACUUCUUCCUAAUGGCCAUACAGCCUGGGAUGUGCCGCAAACGCAUGGACACGCGCCACCUCCUAGAGAAUCCCAUACUGGAGUGGCAUAUACCGAUCGUACCACAGGCAAGUCUUGUCUAGUGAUCUAUGGUGGCAUGAGCGGUUGCCGUUUAGGUGACUUAUGGUUCCUCGAUGUUGAUUCGAUGACUUGGAACAAGCCAGUAGUUCAUGGACCUACCCCUUUACCACGGUCACUUCAUACUGCCACUUUAAUCGGUCAUCGAAUGUAUGUGUUUGGGGGCUGGGUGCCAUUGGUCGUCGACGAUGUUAAAGUCGCGACACACGAGAAAGAGUGGAAAUGCACAAGCACGCUAGCAUGCUUGAAUCUAGAAACUCUCACUUGGGAACAAUUGACUGUUGAUUCCUUGGAGGAGAAUGUUCCUCGUGCUCGUGCUGGUCAUUGUGCAGUUGGUGUACACAGUAGACUUUAUGUAUGGUCUGGUAGAGAUGGUUAUCGCAAAGCUUGGAAUAAUCAGGUUUGCUGUAAAGAUCUGUGGUACCUUGAAGUUAGUAAACCAGCGGCACCUUCCAGAGUUCAGCUGAUUAGGGCUUCCACGCAAUCGUUGGAAGUCAGCUGGACAGUAAGCCCGUCCGCGCAAUACUAUAUUCUUCAAAUACAAAAGUAUGACAUGCCUCCAGUAGCGGCAACUGGUAGUGCCUAUCCGUUGGUAAGCGCACCGACGCCGACUGCGCCUAUCGUCAGCACUCCUGUUGCGAUAACAACCUCCACAAUGGUAGCAACUCCUGCAACUGUACCUGUCACAUCUCCGCCUGUGACUACUAUGGCCGCUCUUCCAACGACUACACCACCUGUUGCUGCCGCCGUCAGAGCUGCAUCCGUUGCGACAGCUGUGGCAACGGCAGUAGCAACUCCAUUACGAGUUCAAAGUGCAAGUCCUGUGCAAAAACCAGUACCAUCGCAAGCAGUGCAAAAGUCGACAAGUCCUAUGACCCCGAGAGUCGCAACCGGUAACGUCAUACGUAUUCGGUCUCCUCUGGUCACUUCCUCAGCAGCAGUGGCUACAGCAGCAAUGGCAGUGGUUACCACUGAGCAGCAGCAAACAACUGUUACUACUAUCACUACUACCACUACAACUACGGCUGGUCAAACGCCCGCUGCCAUGUCUGGAAUUGCUGCUUUGGCCGCAGCCGCAGCAGCCACUCCAAAAAUUACUAUGAACAAUGUUUCGAUCGUGCCACAAACUGCAGUUGCGGCUGCGACUGCAUCCAACACUAUCAGAAUGAAGAACGUACAGCCGGGUCAGCAAAUACGUUUCGCUGCACCUGGCGCGACAGUGUUGCGUACUGCUUCACCACAGCAGAGCAAGCAGAUCAUACUGCAAAAGCCCGGCCAAAAUAUAGCUGGUCAACCACAGAUUGUGCAUCUUUUGAAAACUGGACAAGGAAUGGUAGUACCUAAGGUAAGCCUUAUCCCGGGCAAAAGUGUCCAAACAACCGGCGCGAAACCUCUUAAUCAGGGACCGACAAUACUGCGAUUAGUAAAUCCUAAUACGGUUGCGGGAUCAAAAAUCCUCACGACUAUGAAAACGUCCAACAUAGUGGCGAUGAGCAAAGGACAGAACAUUACGGGCAAGCAAACCAUAAUGAUCACUAAACCGACAGGAAAUAGUGGAUUAGUCGGCAGAACCAACCAAUUUAUCGUUGUUACCACAGGCUCUGGUCUAAGAGCUGUACAAGCUGUAACAACAUCACAAGCUGGUGCAGGACAAGGAGCUACUUCUGUAGCUACUCCUGUAAAUGUUUUGCCAUUAUCAGCUACCAAUCAUGUCACGAAUCAACAAGGAGUCAAAAUGAUUGUUGUUUCCUCUGGUGCGAUGGGCGGUGGAACGGCUGGAAAACCUUUAACCAUCACAGUUCCAGGACAAGGCGGUGUACCAAAGACAGUGACUAUUGCUGCGAAGACCGGUGCGCAAACCAUCUUUAAUACUGGCAAGAAUCAACUCGUUACAGUACCACAGAUACAAAAGGCACCUGAAGCCGUAGCUGUAUCUGGAAAACCAGUGACUUUGCAAAUGCCCGCGGGUAUAAGCGCAAAGACGGUGACGCUUUUACCAACAAGUAGUAGCUCCAUAGUUACUACUUCUAGUGCGUCAGAUUCAAUAGACGCUAGCAAAAUGCUGUUUGUUUCAUCGCAAAAACAACCAUCAGCUUCUCUGGCAUCUACUUCUGAUGGGCCUGCUACUACUGAUGCUGCAUUAGCUGCAUUAGCGGCAGAAGCUGGUCUGAUAGAUCCGGUUCAGGAAUCAUCUGGUGGUUUAUCAUUCAUGGUAGCUACGGAUGAUGGUGCCGGCGGUGAUGAUAAAAUGGAAGAUAGCUGUAAUGGUAACGAAGCGAGCACAGCGGCUGCUUUAGUUUCUCAGAUGAGUGCAGGAGAACCAAUGCAAGUUGACGGUGACGGAAACUUUGUGCUUCCGCAAGUAGAUGGUCCGAUAGACGAUCUCUUACUAGAAGAUGAAGAAAAAAUGGAUGUAGAUGAGGAACCUGCUGCGGAAAAUGCUACUGAAUUGUCUAACGCUGAAUCGGCAGAAAUAACAGAACAAAAUGUUGAUGUAUCCGAAAAUAUUCAAACGGAGGAAUCGGCUGUAAAAGAAGUUGCCGAGGCUGGAGAAAAGAAUGAAGGAGCGACAACAGCCGAUCUUCCUGAAUCGAUUACCACUAGUGAAACUGAGAAAGCUGAAAAUGUUGAUAAUUCAUCAGUAGAUGAUAAAGCAGCUAUGGAAAUUAAUGCUGAUGAUUCAGAGUUACCAAGUGAAAAAGAGGAGAUAAAGGAUUCUCAAUCAGUAGUCGAUGAUGAAAAAGUAAUAAAAUCCGAAUUGCCUUUAGUACAAUCAGCCGUUGAGGCUUCAUCUGAACAGACUUCUCUAACGGACGUUGUGAAUCCAACAACGGAAAUCAACGAAACUCAGCAAGAUGAGGAUAGCCUGGUGAAAGACAUUAAGUGUGAGUCGUUGUCUGAAAACGAAAAAUCGCUAAUAUCUGAAAAUCUUACCGAAGACACAGCUGCAUCGCAACAACCCCAAGACGAUACUCAGAAAAUUGAGAUAAAAGACGAAAUUGAAGACCUGGAAUCUGAUCUUCCAACCGAGAGUUCUCUUAUAAAAUCAAACGAAGAUGAUGAACCGAUGAUUACUGAUAAUAGUACAGCGAUUGCGGCAGAUAAUGUAAUAACCCCCGUUAUUAUACCAACCAUUCAAAUGAAAUCAGAGCCGGAAGAUGAAUUUAUAAAACACGAACAGGCCAUAUUGCCCGAUUUGCCCAUAUCACCGAUCAAUGGUGUCGCUGCACCUGUCGAGAAAGAAGUGGAAAAAGUACAUACUCCCAUGAAAAUGGAGGUAAAAGAUGACUUUGUCAUUUCAAAGAAAGAAAAUCUUCAAAGAGAGAAACAAGAAAAAAUUAAUGAUGCUAGAUCAGAAACAGGAGAUGAUUCAACAGCUUUGACAACAUUAGCUACUGCUGCUUUAGGAUCGUCGGCAGAACCAACGAUGAAAAUAAAAAAUGAACAGAGCGAAGAAGAAAAGAAAGAGGCAGAAUGGUAUGAUGUGGGAGUGAUAAAAGGAACUUGUUUUACUGUUCAGCAUUAUUAUCUUCCUGGUGAUGAGCCAUUAGAUGUAACACAGAAUUUAACAAUGGAUGUUUUUAAAGGAAGAACUAAAAUAGCAGUAGAACCAGGAACUGCCUACAAGUUUAGAGUUGCCGCUGUGAAUAGUUGUGGACGAAGUCCUUGGAGCGAGGUAGCGGCAUUCAAGACGUGUCUUCCGGGAUUCCCGGGCGCACCGAGUGCUAUAAAGAUAUCAAAAUCUGUAGACGGUGCACAAAUCUCUUGGGAACCACCUUCUAGUAACGUUGGGCCCAUUCUCGAAUAUUCCGUCUAUUUGGCAGUGCGAAGUACCGCGUUGAACAAUGACGGAGAACCAAAAACAGUUGUGUCGAAUCCAAAUCAGUUAGCUUUUAUUAGAGUUUAUUGCGGUUCGAGUAAUUCUUGUUCGGUGAACAAUAGUGCCCUUAAUGCCGCUCACGUAGACACCACUACGAAACCGGCUAUAAUCUUUAGAAUAGCAGCACGAAACGACAAAGGAUACGGACCAGCCACUCAAGUUAGGUGGUUGCAAGCAGAUCCAACCACUGCAGUGAAAAGUAAUUCGCAAGCGAAGAGACCCGCUAGCACAGAUCUACGCUCGCAAGUGACUUCUCCACAGAAGAAGAUGAAAACGGAACCACCUAGUGAUAAUUUCUCGUGAGCCUGUUAUCUCCCUGGCCUCGUACAGCCGAAACUCCUAUAAGCAACGUUACUCAUUAUUUAAUUUCUAUAUGCCUAACAACGAUAAUGAAAUCAAUGUAUUAUCAGCUAAAUGACGUGAUAUACAAGUAAGCGAAAGAUAUGAACGUGCGAUAAGAAACGACGAGAAAACGGUGGAAGGAGAGAGAAAGAGAAAGAAAGAAAAAAGAGGUAUCCGUAGACUCAACCUAUGUGUAAGAAUUGGAAGAGCAAAGUAUUCUUUAGUGUUCAGUAUGAACGUCAACGUCUUUCUGUACUACGUUUCUUACUCGUCAUCCUAUUUUUUCGUAAGAGUGCGCGAGAAUCUUUUCCGUAAAGACAUAAGUACCGUUAAUGGCGACAUGGUUAUUUUUUGGAGUUAAGUAAGUUUUUUCCAUGUUUAUAGCGUUUUCUAACGAACGGUACGACAUAUCGCAUCUAAAUGCUCAUACUUGCAUCACGUAAGAACACGGCUGGCAUGUUCAUUUAUGAUUUUCUCAUUAUCUGGCAAUAGAUGAGUUCAAUGUAUGACAUUGUAUGGGAAUGAAUAACCGAACAAGAUUCAUGUUCGACAUUUUACAUACAUUUGUUUACACAAUUAUAU